AACAUCUGCAGCUGCUUUAGAACGAUGUUAAUUUGCGUUGCCAAUCUAAAUUUUUGAUUGCAAUUCCUCGAUGGCCUGCCAGAUUACAGAAGUGGCACAGGUGGCCGCUAUUCAAAGUGUCAAAGCAAAAUUGACGUUGAAUGAGUUUGAAGUACGAGAGGAACCCAAGGAUGAUUUUGACCCGGACAACUGGGAGUGGGAAGAAACUACUCCAGGGACAAGCAGCUCAUCUAAUGCAACACCAUCAGGGACUUCCAAAGAAACGUCGUUGUGGCUGCAGAAAAGCAAGGUGUCCCUUUCCCCGUCUGGAAAAAUUUUGGUUCUUGCGCAUGGAAAGCAACUUGUGGUUUUGAAUGCCUUUUUGAGCACAAGGGAUCAAACCCGAGAAGCUGUGACGGAGUACAAUGUUACCUCCCACGGAAAUGUUUGCCAGCCAGGUGAAGAGAUUACCGCCGUUUUGUGCUUGCCACUAAUAUCACAAUUAAAUCGGUCAAGCAUCGGAACCGAGUGGACAUGCAUCGCUGUUGGCUAUUCCAGUGGUUUUGUUCGAUUUUAUACUGAAGACAGAAAACUUUUAACUGAGCAAGAGUUUGAGAAAGAGCCUGUGAUUCAUCUGAAGUGCCAGUCGUUCAAACGAGCAGCCCACUCGGAAGCUCAGGAACAACCUGAGGAGCUCUACGUCAUGUAUCCCAGCUCCAUUGUGACUCUACCUGGCUUUAGCUUAUUUCAAACGCUGAGAGGCUGUAGAAAUCAGCUCGCUAGAGUUGAGGGAAGUGGCAGUGGUUCGGUGGAGUCGCCACCUUUGGUGCACACAAAGUGGGGCUUUGCAGAGCAGGACCAAGUAAAUGACUGCCAAGUGAUAGGGCUUCCUCCUGUCAACACGUACGACCAUCUCCUGACUGCUUCCCUUUGCGGAGGCUUUGAGGCCGUAGCUAAGUCCAGUGCACCAGCUCACGAUUUAGUAAUUGCCACCGGACGAAAGCCGUAUGUUGGCUACCAUUUCACGGUAAAAGGAACAACGCAACCACUGAUUGUUGGAGUGGCCAAAGCUGUGUCCAGCGCUCUCAAUUCUACUCAAGGAUUUUUGUCUCUCAAAAGUUAUUUCACUGGCUCAAAACCGGCUCAAGAAAAGAAACAAGCCCAAACCAUCGAACCUGCUGAACCAAUGGGCUGCAGAUUUGGUCUUGGCGAUCUUUGGCGCCAAGGAGAGGCUAUCGUCAUGUCUCCAAACAAAGCUUUAAGUGCAGUGUGCGAUUCUCUUGGCAGGGUCAUUUUACUUGAUAACCGAACUGGUGUCGCCUUGAGAAUGUGGAAAGGCUAUAGAGAGGCCCAAUGUGGCUGGUUUGAAGUUCGCGAUCCCGCAGCAAAGCAAGCAUCCUCGAAAUCAAAGACGAGACCAAGGUCUGCACUUUUCCUAGUCAUCUACGUACCUAAAAAGGGCAUCAUCGAGAUUUGGGCCAUGCAGAAUGGACCAAAAGUUGCGUCCUUCAAUGUGACCAAGGAGGGACGAUUGAUCUACACUAAUUAUGGCCAUGUCGGGGUUAACAACGUCCCUGUAAAAGGGAGCAGCCGGAGCUUAUUCCCUUGCGUUUACAUGCAUCCAGAUGGGGUCAUCAGCACCAUUUCUAUACCUUUCCACUUUGCCUUGAGUGCCCAAAAUAGCAAGCAAGCUAAGGACAUCCACUUGCUGAAGAAACUAAGGAAGAUAUUGAAGGAGUGCAAGCACGAAGAAGAAGCCGAUUAUGUUGAAGCCGCGACUCAAGAGAUUAGUAAUUUAAUGAAAGAACUUUCUUGCUGCGAGGCUGCUCUACAAGCAGUUGAUUUACUCCUAGCCAGCAAGUACACCAGACCACAGUAUGUAUUGACUGCUGUCGACACAAUUUUGGCACAAUCUUCCGAGAAUGAUGAAGAAGAGAAUGAUCACAAUUAUAAAACCUUGAAACACAACUGCGUGCAGCUGCAGAAGUUAGUGAUGUUUUUCAACUUCCUCCAAGAGCAGAACAAAAAUCCACCGUCUUACGACUCGGUCAUUUCCUCGGACGCAGUUACAGUGCAGGCACUUUCUGUCGACCUCCUAACAAGUGAGAAAGAAAUGGAGUCUUUGUUCACUCUGGUCAAUGAAAUUAGUGAGCAAAAUUCAUCUAUUGGUUCCGGUGGACGAGUUACCUUUCAAGACGACGACAGCUCUAUUCUUAUGGAGUUUUUGUCUGCUUUUGACCUUGGAAACUUUGGCUCUGCGCACCAAAGAUGCAUUACCUUGAGGAAAGAUAAAUCCGAUGACUGUGUUAAGAGAAUAGCCAUGACGAUGUUCCAAGAUUGGCUCCAUGGAGAUAACUCGACUGCUGAGUGGAUGAACCAAGCAGAGGCGAGCGGAAUUCACGCCCAGAGCUUUUUUAUUUUGGCAUUGCACUUCUGGCUGCAGGUGCAACACAAAUCACCUCCAAACAUGUCUCUCUCAAUGACAUUGGCUGCAGACAUGCUGCAGCUCAACAGGCUUUUGAACAACAUUCAAACUUUGGCUGAUCAAAGUGAAAUUGUCAUUGACACAAGCGAGUUGUCACCUUGGUGGGAGGAAGCCAGACGGAUCUUGUUCUCUGCAACUCAGCCUUUGAAAGCGCUCACAGCCUCAUAUGUUUGCAGAGGGGUGAAUUUGAAAAUGGAGAUGAAACUAGGCUCGAAAUCGGAAAGUAAAUUUCCAACUGGUGAGGAGCCAAUGGAUAUUAGCGGUGAAGAGGCAGGAACUGCUGAUUGGGAAGAGCUCUCUAUGGACACAGUGCAGUGGAAUGUCUUGUUGCGCCAAUUGGAGGAUCUAUCUGUUCUUGACUUUGUUAUGCAGCAGAGAAUCAAGGUCAGCGUUGACCCUUUGCCCCGCUGUUUGAAAUGGAAAUCAGCCUCAAUCUCCUUAAACCUUGUAAUGAACAAAGGAAAAGGUGCAAUUUCUGAAUAUGUGGCUUACUGGAUUGGCACGACUGGUAUUCAACCUAAGAUGCUUGUUGAGCUUGACAGAAAAUUAUUGAAAGAAGAGGCAACAGUUGACAAACUUGAGCCUGAGCAGGCGGAGGAUGCUGUAGUAUUUGAUCCGGAAGCUCUUAAAAUUUUAGAUUUACUGCAAAGACUAAGGAAUCAUUUCCCACUUAGUCUCCAAUGCAACCAAUUACUGGCCAGCCUUUUCUGGGAGUUCAUCCAAGAUCGAACGCAACUCAUUACAAACUCAGAUGUUGCGUCUGCAGCAAUCACUGUUCUCCAUUCCAUUCCUUCCUUAUCGCUUCGCCAGGGCAUGUGCAGUUUACUCUGGACACUGUACUUAAAGCAAGACCUUGAGAAAAUCUCACGCUUCUUCAACAAGAAAGUUUUGCCUAAUCUAGACAAUGUUGGAUUUUAUCCUCGUCAUAUUUUCGAAGAUAUUGGCCACUCAGAUGCAAAACUCAGUUCUUAUUUGGACUUCUGUGUUCGGUUUUUAGACACCUACUUUGAGGCUGCAGAAGACGAAGGCGAAACCUCAAAAAAGGCCGAGGUUUUAUCAGAGUCAAUAUGGACAAACGCAAGUGCAAGCCCGUCUCUAAGUCAGAUUGCUCUUAGCAAGCCAAAAGUGAAUUUUGGACUCCUGGAACUGCAUUUGCAGCUGGUCACUGUCCUGUUCAUGGUUGCUUCAUUCGACUUCAGAAUAGCAAGUUUGAUCUCGAAUCUCUUUGACAGUGCGGGGCAAGCUGCUUUCUUUCUCGAUCUUCACGCGAAUCCUCGACUUCCAAGCCACAACCCAAGCACAAAACUGACAAAUUCUAGAACACAGUUUCUGCUCCGCGUUAUUUCAGCAUCCAUGCAGAACAUACUGUUGGUCGAGACAAGUGAUUUUGAGGAGGCUGAAUUGUCUGGACCAAGAGUAGAUGCUUCUCAAGCUGCUCUCUGGAUGGGCAAGAGCUUGAUUUUGGCCAGCAGUUGGGGGAUCAAUACAGAUAUACUUCGGCGCCACCAAAUUUGCGAGCUCUACAUGAAUGGAUUUGAUCGUCUUGCAGAAGAAAAUGUCAUGUCGGUGAAUGACAAAAGCCUCCUUGCAUCACAACUUCUGAUGAUUGUCGGCCAGAGACUACAAAUUGCAGUUACACACUCUGCUGACUUGGCAGAACGGAUAUCGAUCUUGAGCCCAGCAAUAUCCAACUGGUUGGAAAAUGUGAACGUUGGAGGUGCAUACUGUGCAAGCUCAUUGGCGGACACUGCUGAGCUGGUAGGGUUAGUUGUUCAGUUGCUCCCCGAAGACCACAACGAAAGAAGACUUGCUCUCCUUGUUCAUGAUGCAUGCAACAGUAUCACAAAAACCACAUCUGACAUGUAACUAAACGACAGUUUACCAAUUUUUAAACCCAUAUAAGGAGAGGUUAAGACGCUUUUUGGUGACUGAAAAGUAUGAGGUCUUAAGUUAUUAUAGGGAUAUAAAAACAUGAUAAAUAUUAAUAGAGCAAAAUAAUGUUACCUAAAAUUUUAGAUGUUCUUUUAUAUAAAUUUGAAUUUGUUAAAACACUAAUAAGAGCGCUGGUGUUAUUGUCUGCACCUACAAUCAUUAAAAAAAAAUCUAAUAUUAUAUAUACUAAAUACAUACUGUGAAUGCAUUUAGAAAUGUAAGAAUAAAAAACAAA